UUAAUUAUUUUCUCGGAUUCCGUUGCAAAAUGUUUGGUCGGUUGCACAACGGAAACAGUGUACUCUAUGAACCAUAUGGAAGCAAACGGGACAAAAGAAAAGGGAGAUAACAUAAUUUGUCCAAUAUAAACGCGUUUUCGUUGGGAAACGUUUUCCGUUUGGAGUAAACGGUUUCCGUUGCAAAACGUUGCGCAACCGACCAAACGUUUUGCAACGGAAUCCGAGUAAAGAAUUUACCCCAGUUCAGAGCGCACUGACUGUGAACACUUGCACUGAGACAGAGGAAACCUCAAGCACUUUCUGACAUGACCCAGCAAAGGUGAACAACGCGAUGGGAGUUCUGCUGAGAAAGUGACAGGAGGCAUAUCGACGAAAAGGAAGUUUAGAAAACUAGAACUUAAUAUUCUCUCGAUAGUGUCACAUCUAAGAAUAUUGUUUUGACUCAUCUUAAAACCAAAAGCGCGGUUUAUGGUUUGCUGAUAGCUAGCAUUGGUUGGGCAACAUUCAUCAAGUUCAUAACCGGGGGAACAGAGGCAGGAUGUACUAUGAAGAAAAAGCUAAUUCACACAAGCCACGUUAUGGAACCAUUCAGGACGAUGAGAGGCUCUCGGCGGAGGAGAUGGACGAGAGGAGACGACAGAACAUCGCCUACGAGUAUCUCUGUCACCUGGAGGAGGCCAAACGGUGGAUGGAGGCGUGUGUAGAGGAGGAGCUGCCCUCCACCACAGAUCUGGAGGAGGGUCUGAGGAACGGAGUCUACCUUGGAAAACUGGCCAAGUUCUUUGCUCCCAAGAUGGUGUCUGAGAAGAAGAUCUAUGACAGGGACCAGGCUCGCUACAAGCGCACAGGACUUCACUUCAGACACACAGACAACACAGUGCAAUGGCUACGGGCCAUGGAGUCUGUAGGGCUGCCUAAGAUAUUCUAUCCUGAAACGACAGAUGUGUACAAUCGCAAAAACAUGCCCAAGGUGGUGUACUGCAUACACGCGCUAAGCUUAUACCUGUACAAACGGGGCAUUGCACCACAGAUCCAGGACCUGCUGGGGAAAGUGGCCUUCACAGAGGAGGAGAUCAGUAACAUGCGGAGCGAGCUGGAGAAAUACGGCAUUCAGAUGCCAACCUUCAGCAAGAUAGGAGGCAUCCUGGCCAACGAGCUCUCGGUGGACGAGGCAACCUUGCACGCUGCUGUGUUUGCCAUCAACGAGGCGGUGGAUAAGGGUGAGGCGGCUGUGACCAUAGGGACAUUGAAGAACCCCAACGCUAUGCUGAGGAACACUGGGGAAGAGCUGGCCCAGGACUACCAGGACACUCUUAGCAGGGCCAAGGCCAGCAAGGAGCUCCAGGCCUCAGGCAGGCGCUUGUCCAUAGCCACAGAGGAGAGAGAUGUUUAUGAGGAGCUGCUGACCCAGCAAGAGAUCCAGAGCUGCGUCGACCUUGUUAACACGCAGGUGGCGGUGCGGCAGGUGAACCAGGCCAUCUCUGCCCAGAAUGAGGCUGCGCUGCUAGUUGGGCUCAAGGUGCUGGCCCUGGGGCUGCUGGGGGUCCAAGAGGCCAACUCUCACUGGUACCUGGAGCACUUCACCACCUACUGCCAAGUCCAGACUCGGGACGCUGGAGGUGCAGUGAUGCUGGAGAGGGAAGAGAUUCAGAGGGUGGUCAUAUCCUGUAACGACUUUGCUGAGGCAGAGAAACGAAAACUGGAGGCCAUUACAGCGAUCAACUCUGCCAUUCGUCAUGGAGUAGCAGCAGAGACUAUAGAGGAGCUGAUAAACCCAGAGGCCCAGCUCCCCAUAGUCUACCAGACUGCUGCCAACCUCUACCAGACCGAACUGUUCAGCCUGCAGAUACAGGGACCAAAGGCAGGCCUGGGGCAUGAGGAGCUGUCUGUUGCAGUGGAGAUGCUGUCUGCGGUGGCGGUGCUCAACGAGGUCCUGGACACCAAGGAACCCCAGGCUGUCACUGAACAGCUUUCUGACUCUCCUCUGGGCUUCAGCAACAUGGACCACGACAACCUGCACAGGUACGCAGACACUCUGAUCAGCCUCAGAGCCGACAGUCUGUCCCGCGGCCUGGAGUUCCUCACCUGGAAUGAUGUUCAGAAGACCAUCGACACAGUCAAUCUGCAGGUCCACGAGGAACACGAGCGUAUUAUUGCUAUAUCUGAGAUCAAUGAGGCACUGAGCUCUGAUGACCCUAACCAGACCCUCUCUGCCCUGCUCCUGCCCACGGCCAAACUGCAGGGAGUCAACCCAGCCACAGCCAAACACUACCACGACGUCCUGCAGAACACCAAGCUAAUCAUCUGCAAGGUCUUACCUCUGGACACCGAGGAAAUGAGCUCAGGGGAUGAGUCUGCUGUGCUGUGGCUCAAUCAGAUCCAAGAAGGCAUACACACAGCCAACCAAGAUGAAGAGGAGGCUCUCACAUUGGCUGGAGCAGUGGCAGACAUCAACAGGGAGGUGGCGGCGGGAGACUCCCAAAUUACCCUGCAGGCCCUCCAAUCACCCCUGCCAGGGCUGAGAGGGGUUCUGUCUGAGUGUGCAGACACCUACCAGACACAGCUGGGCCAGCGCCAGGACCUCAACGUUACUACUGGCAGCAGUGACAGUGUGUGGGUGAAACACCAGAUCAAGGGAGGUUAUGACUACUACUACAACCUGGAGAACAGAGAGGGGACCUGGGAGGAGCCAGAGGACUUCACACACAACAGCACACAGCUCCGCAGAGAGGAAAUACAGAGUGUGGUUGGAAGAGUGACAGCGGAGUAUAACAGGGAGCAGUUAUGGUUUGCCAACGAGGCCCUAGUAACUCAGCUACAGGCUCGGGUUAGAGGUUACCUGGUGAGGAGAGCUCACGUCCAGAGACUGGAUUUCCUACGACAACAAGAACCACACGUGGUCCGACUACAGGCCUCCUGGAAGGGCUAUAAACAGAGGAAGAUGUACAAAGACAGAAUGAAUGUGCUACAAAGCAACGUGGGGACUGUCAUCAAGCUUCAGUCGUUCCUUAAAAUGUGGCGAGCCAAAAGUAAAUACUCUCAAAGACUGCAGUAUUUCAAAGACCAUGAGAAAGACAUAGUGAAGAUCCAGGCUUUCCUCAAGGCUAACAAAGCCAGAGACGACUACAGAACACUCACUGGGGCUCAGGACCCUCCUCUGUCGGUGGUGCGUAAGUUUGUACACCUGCUGGAGCAGAGCAGCCUGGACCUACUGGAAGAACAGGAAGUGACACGGCUUAGGGAGGAAGUGGUCACUAAGAUCCGCUCCAAUCAGCAGAUGGAGAAAGACCUCAACCUGAUGGACAUUAAGAUUGGCCUGUUGGUCAAGAACAGGAUCACCCUACAGGAUGUGGUUUCCCAUAGUAAGAAGCUGACGGUGAAGAAGAGUAAAGAAGAGCUGGCUGCAGGGGACAGGCAGGGCAUCAAGGCACUGAGCAAAGACAAGAGGAAGAAACUAGAGGCUUACCAGCACCUCUUCUACCUGCUGCAGACCAACCCUUCGUACCUGGCCAAGUUGAUCUUCCAGAUGCCUCAGAACAAGUCUACUAAGUUCAUGGACACAGUGAUCUUCACCCUGUAUAACUAUGCCUCCAACCAGAGAGAGGAGUACCUGCUGCUCAAACUCUUCAAGACCGCUCUGGAGGAGGAGAUCAAGUCCAAGGUGGAUCAGAUCCAGGACAUCGUGACUGGGAACCCCACGGUCAUCAAGAUGGUGGUGAGCUUCAACCGUGGAGCCCGUGGUCACAACACGCUGAGGCAGCUGCUGGCACCUGUGGUCAAGGAGAUCAUCGAGGACAAGGGCCUGGGCAUCAACACCAACCCUGUGGAAGUGUACAAGGCUUGGGUCAACCAGCUGGAGACCAACACUGGAGAGGCCAGUAAACUGCCUUACGAGGUGACCCCGGACCAGGCCAUGGCACACGAGGAAGUACGUGCCAAGCUGGAGUCCUCCAGUCGGGCGCUGAGGACAGCCACAGACAAAGUGCUCAACUCCAUCGUGUCGUCACUGGACAACAUCCCCUAUGGCAUGAGGUACGUUGCAAAGGUCCUGAAAAAUUCACUUCAUGAAAAGUUCCCAGAUGCUACAGAGGAUGAGUUGUUGAAGAUUGUAGGGAACCUGCUGUACUACCGUUACAUGAACCCAGCCAUAGUGGCUCCAGACGGCUUCGACAUCAUAGACAUGUCAGCCGGAGGUCAGCUCCACUCUGACCAGCGUCGCAACCUGGGCUCCGUGGCAAAGAUGCUGCAGCACGCCGCCGCCAACAAGCUGUUCGAGGGAGAGAAUGCCCAUAUGACCCCCAUGAACAACUACAUCUCCCAGACCUACCAGAAGUUCAGGGUGUUUUUCCAGGCGGCGUGUGACGUCCCUGAGCCGGAGGAGAAGUUUAACGUGGAUGAGUACUCUGACAUGGUGACUCUGUGCAAGCCUGUCAUCUACAUCUCUAUAGAUGAGGUCAUCAACACACAUUCGCUAGUGUUGGAGCACCUGGAAGCAAUCUCCCCCGACCACAACGACCUGCUGCAUGAGCUGUUGCAGGACCUAGGGGACAUGCCUGACGUGGAGGCACUGCUGGGUGAAGGGGUGGUGGAUCCUAACAAUCCCAACAAGGAGAGCACCCUGAGUCAGCUGGCAAAAACGCAGAUCUCCCUCAGCCUCACUAACAAGUUUGAGCUGCUGGAGGGCGAUGACAAGGACACAAAAGGCCUGAUGAUGAAAACUAAGAAGCUGAUAAUGGAUGUAAUCAGGAUCCAGCCAGGAGACACACUCCCAGAGACCCUGGAGACCCCAGCCUCUGGCCUCCAGGAGUGUGAGCAUGCUAAGGUGGUGGAGCUGCGUGCAGUGCAGGACGCCCAGGCCCCAGAGGGGCUGAAGAGCAGCCAGGCAGUGCUGGAGGACAGACAGCUGCCUCUAGAGCAGAAGAAGAGGAAGAUCCUCCGCAGUCUCCGAACCCUGGAGCAGGCUGGCCUCGUCACCACUGGCAACAAGUACCAGGAUCUCAUCAACGACAUCUCCAAGGACAUUCGUUACCAGAGGCGUUACAGACAGAGGAGGAAGGCAGAGCUAGUGAAGCUCCAACAGACACUGAGUGCGCUCAACUCAAAGACAGCCUUCUAUCAGGACCAGACCAACUACUAUGAUACUUACAUCAGGACCUGCCUUGACAACCUCAACAGGAAGAACGCGCGGCGGUCCAUCAAGCUGGACAGGAAGGUGGAGGAGAAAGGCAGUAAGAAGUGGCAUCAGUCUCUGAAGUACACGGCGGCCCGGCUGCAUGAGAAGGGAGUGAUCCUGGAGAUAGAGGGGCUGCAAACCAACCAGUUCAAAAAUGUCAUGUUUGACAUCUCGCCCAGUGAGGAAGUUGGGGACUUUGAGGUGAAGGCCAAGUUUAUGGGAGUUGAGAUGGAAAAAGUCCAACUCCAUUUCCAGGACCUGCUCCAACUUCAGUACGACGGAGUGGCAGUGAUGAAGAUGUUUGACAAGGCCAAAGUCAAUGUCAACCUGCUCAUCUUCCUCCUCAACAAGAAGUUCUAUGGAAAAUAAACCAAAUAUAGAGGAAGGGUAAAGAUAUGGAGGAGGACAUGGGUGUGAAAGGAUUGUAUACCUUCUGACAAAGCAUUGUUUGUUAAAGGAGCCAUUGGGAUAGGAAGUUUGAAUGGUCCGUAACGUUUUAUGUAUGUCUGACUGAAUAUGAUUUGGUUUCAAUUUAUAGCAUGUCUAUCCUCAGGCUCACAUACACACAUCCUCAGGCUGGUGAGCCACAAACACACACAAAGGGUUGUUGGUUUUAUUUGAUGCAGUUUUGAUUGAUCUUGUAUUGUCAUGUUAUAUCUGUUGUUUCAUUAUUUUGUUUAUGUUCAGUUUUCCACUGGGAGAUUGUACAUGGAAUAUAUUUUUUUAAGGUAUAUUGUAAUGAAAUCUACAUUUUAUAUGUAGAAGUUCUAUAAAGACAACACUGUUAUUGUCACUGAAAAAUAAAGUAUGUUUGCAACAAGAUGUGUACAAUGCACUACUGCCUAAUAGUCAGAAUGGGAGUUUAGACAGUAGUACAAUUCCUGUCCAGCUAUAUACAGUAGCCAGCAUGGAUUGUCUGGCAGUGGUUAAUAAUCAGUCUUUUUAAUCCACAUACAGUACAUUGGGAAGCUGUGUAUCUUUUAAAGUCUAUUAAUUAACAUGUAUUUCUAGAGUUUGGCUGCUUUUUACACAUAAUGUACCGUCCAGUAUACAUUUAAAUCAUUUCUAAUGUUUUAAUGAGUUUAAUAAAAAUAAAUAUAUAUAAAUAUUA